GGAUCCGCGCGCACGCUUACGCGCGGCUUAGAUCCCACGCGCAAAAGUUAGUUUAUUUGCUGGAUGGUGCUAACUGUUGGGCCGUGAACUUGAUACUGAUAAACAUAGUGUACAACUACUCGCAAUGCAAGCAAGCAAGCAAUUAGUUACUGGCGGUGGUUAGUGCAGCCAGAAAGAAAACUAGCUUCAGCGGGUUCGGAAUAUUCAGUAGCAAAUAAGUGGUCACCGGAUCGACAGUUCUAAACUAAUCCCAAUCGCGUUGGUGGUGCGAAACUUGCAGAGAUCUAGAGCUUAUAACUCGUUGUGAGCUUCAGAAUACCAUGUGGAUUAUAUUGGUGCCUUUGAUAGCGGCGACUGGUGUGUGGAUUUUAUAUCGAAACUACGCCAAAACAUUCGAGGCAGCUAAGCAGUACAGUGGACCACCAGCUUUGCCGAUUAUAGGCAAUGGUUUGUGGUUCCUAAAUAAGUCGCCCGUGGAGUUCAUUCAGAUUAUUGGCGAGUUAGUUGCAAUAUAUGGAAAUCAUUUUCGAUUCUGGCAAGGACCACAACUUUUGAUAUACACAGGAAAUCCAGCACAUAUUGAGAGCAUCCUCACCAAUCGUCAUCUGACCGAUAAAUCUAGUGAGUACAACUUCCUUUCCGAUUGGCUCGGCGACGGUCUGCUAUUGAGCAGUCGACAAAAAUGGCACACGCGCCGGAAAGCGAUAACUCCAGCGUUUCAUUUUAAAAUUUUGGACCAAUUCGUAGAAGUGUUCGACCGGAAUGCUUCGGAGCUAGUCGAUGUGUUGGGUUCGUAUGCUGACAGUGGCGCAAUAGUCGACAUUUUUCCGUACGUGCUUCUCUAUACGUUGGAUGUUAUAUGUGAAACGGCUAUGGGUACGUCUGUGAAAGCCCUUCGAAACGCUGACUCCGAAUAUGUGCAGGCAGUGAAGCAAGCAGCUACCAUUUCCAUUAGACGCAUGCUCGAUAUAAUCCGGAGAACACCUUUAUUCUAUUUAACACCCAGCUACAUACGACUACGUAAAAUGCUCAAAAUUCUGCAUGGAUAUACCGACAACGUGAUUGUUUCCCGUCGUCAGCAACUGAAGAACCAAGGAAGCAAGAAUAUGCCUAAUGAUACAGGCAAUGAAAUGGGACUCAAAAAACGUGAAGCUUUUUUGGACCUACUACUACAAACUAGCAUUGACGGUAAACAGUUAACUAAUCUAGAAAUCCGUGAGGAGGUGGACACUUUCAUGUUCGAAGGACAUGAUACUACCACAUCAGCGGUAUCUUUCACCCUCUAUAAUUUGGCCAAAUAUCCUGCUGUACAGCAGAAAGCUUACGAAGAGGUAGUAUCCGUAAUGGGAGAAAAUACCGAACAGGCAAUAGAAAUGUCCCAUCUGCAAGACCUGCCAUACCUGGAGAUGGUGAUCAAGGAAACCCUCCGACUGUAUCCAUCCGUCCCGUUGAUUGGUCGACGGUGCGUGAAGGAAGUGACGAUCGAGGGGAAAACGAUUCCGGCAGGGGCAAACAUCAUUAUUGGAAUAUUUUACAUGGGACGAGACCCUAACUAUUUCGAACGACCGUUAGAGUUUAUCCCCGAACGGUUCGAAGGCGAAAAGUCAGUUGAAAAAUUUAACCCUUACAAGUAUAUUCCGUUCAGUGCUGGUCCUCGAAAUUGUAUUGGUCAGAAAUUCGCACUCAACGAGAUGAAGAGCGUGCUAUCGAAACUUUUGCGCCACUACGAAUUCAUCCUGCCGGUAAACAGCGACGAACCUGUGCUGGCGUCUGAACUGAUUCUAAAGCCCGACCGCGGUGUCCCGCUGCAGAUCCGACGCAGAACGCUCAAGCAUAACUAAGCUUACUCGGAUUCUGUUUAGUGCCAAUUGAAGAUAACGUUUUUACGUGGUGCCCAAUUCACUAAACCAGCUGAUUACAGCUCAACCAAUCUCAAAGCCGGUUUCAUCAACAACUCACGCCUCUCAGAGCUUGCAAAGCUCAACGGCGUGCCUCGUAAUUGAACUUGAUCAUACCACCGAUUUUGAAACAUUACUGCAGGUGACUUCAUUCCAUCCGAUAUCAUCUAGUUUGAUUUUAGUGAAAUCAAUCAACGAACAGAAUAAAAUAUCACAAACUAACGGUACCUAAGUGGUGCUUGCUACGACAUUCGUGAUUACAUCCUUAUCGGGCGCAAGUGAGAAAGUUGUACGCAAGAAGGCGAGGCGAGAUUAGCCAGUCAAUUUUGCAGUAGCUACACAGGGUAGUUGAUGCUUACGGUGAUAAGUGAGCAAGAAACCUUAACCCAGUAACUCCAUGCUACGGGUGAUUUGCAGUUAGCCGAUAAUGCAACAUAAUAAUGUGUUUAUUUAACUAAGAUGAAUUAGUUUGUAUGAGUGCUAUGAUAAGAAUGUUACAGAAUCCUAAUCUAUCUAACGGCAAAUGAAUGCUUUCUUCAUGGGAAUGUUGAUCACGUUUAUCAAUUUUAGUAUAGUUAAGACCACAUUUUCCACUCAUUCACUCAGCUUAGAAGAGUAAAAACUGACAAAUGAGGAUGUAGUAGCCCUGUCUCGGAGCGUUUUCAGUCAAAAUGACCUAGGAAUAAAAAAAAUAUAACGAACAUUUUCGUGAUGGCUGAAGCUGCACACAAAUUUGACUUUGCAAACUGAGUAUUUUCUACGGAAGGAAAAUAUAUUUAAACUCAAGAGAAAUUUUCUUGAAAGGUGUUUGUAUUUCAGCAUACAUUACUCAAGCUCGUGUAGCUCAGAAACCUUCGGUUGUAGGUACAAUAAAACUGACUGAGAAAGAGUUGUACACACUUAGAUAUUGUCACCAAGUACGGUAAAUUAUAUUACCAAGAUUUUAACAGCUUAGAUCUCGUUAAAAAUCUCGGUAAUACAUAAAAAUACCAAGGUUCUGUAAAACCAACAAUUGACAAAUUGCCAAACUUUAACAAGAUUUUCGGUAUUAUUUUACCGAGAUACUCAUGAAAUAAUUCCGAAACUCGGUUUAAUAAUAUGCUGAACACUCGGAAAUUUUAACUGGUAAAUUAUUACGAAAACUUCGGUAAAAUUUACUGAAGUACGUAUUUUGCGAUUUUUUCAGAUAAAUCCAGUAAAUGAACAAAACGAUUAGGUAUGCGUACGAUUUUAAUAAAUAUUAAGUCAAAUGAUUCAACUAAUUACAGCAUUAGUGAAACGGGAAAGUUGUGUUGCUUCCUGGAAGUAAAGCAACAUCCAAAAUUGAGUAAAAAAAUUAUCAUUUUUCUUUUAAUAUUAUUUGCAUUAAUAACACAAACCAGAUGUGAGAAAAAAUAAUGUAUACUCACUCAAUAUUUUAGUUAAAUUUGAAUAUUACAGAUUUCUCUGUAAUGAUAAUCAAACGCAUGACCUGCUGCUCUUACAUCAAAAUCAAAACACGAACAGAACUGGUAGUGCAGCUCUCGUUAUUUUGGCAGUUCUAUUUUUCGCAAUCUCGGUAAGAGCUUCUUUGGAUCGACAAGAUCUCGGUUAAAUGAUGUCAGGGUUCCGACAUUCGGUAUGGGUCAUUCCAUACGAAGUGUACAUGCCCCUUGGACACGACCAUCACGGAUUUGGCUCAAA